GUAGCUGGGGUUGGACCGGGACAGGCGGACGAACGGACGGUUCUUCUGCGGGAAGCAAACGCGCAUCCAGGGUGUCAUUUCCCACUCUCUCUUCCUGUAUCACUCGUUCUCUCGGCUCCCCCCCCUGUGGAGAUGAGGAGAUAAUCAAAAGAUAAGCUGCUGACGAAGUUCUGAAGUUGUAUAGAGUUUGGGAGAAGAAGAAGAUGGUGGGGUUAGAGUUCGUCCUGUUCGCUCUUCUCUUUGGAGCCCUGACUCGUGCCGAGAAAGCCGAUUGCAGCAAAAAAAACGAAUGUCCCAUAGACGUGUAUUUCACCAUAGACACGUCGGAGACUAUUGCCCUGCAGGAGCCGCCUCCUGGAGCACUUGUGGAGAGUAUCAAGAUAUUCACGGAGAGGUUUGCACAGCGUUUGGAUGAUGAAGAGCUCAGGGGUGUCGUGCGGAUCACCUGGAAAAUCGGUGGACUGCACUUCUCCCAGACACAAAGUGUUUUCAGUCGGUUUGCAUCCAAGAAUGAUUUCAUCACAGGUGUGAGGGGAAUCAGGUAUUUGGGUAAAGGGACCUACAUCGAUUGUGCCCUCAGAGAAAUGGCAAAGGAGAUACAGAGCUCACCCUCAUACCCCAGGGCCCUCCGAUUUGCUGUUGUCAUCACUGAUGGUCAUGUGACUGGAAACCCGUGUGGGGGUAUUAAGGUGGCAGCAGAGGAGGCUCGUGACAAGGGCAUCCAUAUCUUUGCUGUGGCAGCAUCGAAUAACAUAGAGGAGACUGGGCUGAGGGACAUCGCCAGCUCUCCAGUGUCCCUCUACAGGAAUGAAUAUGCAGCUGUGAACUUCAGCCAGAACAGAGUCACGAUAGAUACCCCAACUAUUGAUCGAAUCAUCAAGACAAUGAAACAUCUGGCAUAUGUAGAGUGUUACAAUGUGUCCUGUCUGGAGACAAAAGGGCCUCCUGGUCCAAAAGGCCACAGGGGACAAAAAGGAGCUAAAGGAGACAAUGGCGAGCCAGGAAUAAAAGGAGAAAGAGGUCGCCCAGGAGACCCCGGUAUCGAAGGUCCAAUCGGUCAGCCCGGUAUCAAAGGAGAAGCAGGUCUAAAAGGCGAGAAGGGAGAGAUUGGAACUCAGGGGAAAAAGGGUGUGGCUGGCAUCCCAGGACGCAACGGGACAGAUGGGCAGAAGGGUAAAAUUGGGCGAAUCGGCGCUCCAGGCUGCAAAGGAGACCCAGGCGACAGGGGUCCUGACGGUCACCCUGGAGAUGUCGGUGAACGUGGUCCUCCCGGAUCUGAUGGAGACAAGGGAGAUCCUGGGCGCCCUGGAAGAUCUGGUCCGCCUGGCCCAGACGGAGAUCGUGGACCAAAGGGAGAGAGGGGAAGUCCUGGAUCACCUGGUAUUCCUGGAGCGAAAGGAAACACUGGAACCUCUGGAGUCCCGGGUGUUCAAGGCGAGAAGGGUAGAAGAGGAGACUAUGGUCCAAAGGGUUCACAAGGGCCUCCAGGCACUAAGGGAGAGAAGGGUGAAAGUGGGCCUGAGGGCCAGAGGGGCCUUCCCGGUGAAACAGGAAGCGAUGGGGCAAAGGGUGAUGUUGGCUUGCCAGGACCUAGGGGACCAGCAGGCCCACCAGGAGAGAAAGGAAGAACCGGCAGCAGAGGUGACCCUGGUGAUGCUGGACCUAGAGGAGAGCCUGGAAACCUCGGACCAAAGGGAGACAAUGGAAGAGCUGGCUUUAGCUAUACGGGAUCAAGAGGAGAACCGGGUGACAGAGGAGACAAGGGUAAGCGUGGACCUCGUGGCACCAGAGGUGACUGUGGUCAAAAGGGUGAACCUGGACUUAAAGGAACUCCAGGACAACCAGGCGAGCCAGGGUCCCAGGGUGAACCUGGAUCAAGAGGCCCAAAAGGAGAAGCUGGGCGUGAUGGAGAUCCUGGCCCUGAGGGGGAUCCCGGCCUCACUGAAUGUGACGUCAUGAACUACAUCAGAGAGACGUGUGGCUGCUGUGACUGUGAGAAACGUUGCGGACCGCUGGACAUCGUGUUUGUUAUCGACAGCUCAGAGUCCGUGGGUCUCACCAACUUCACCCUGGAGAAGAACUUUGUCAUCAACACCAUCAGCAGACUGGGAUCAUUUGCCAAAGACCCUCUGUCAGACACAGGCACUAGGGUGGGAGUGGUUCAGUACAGUCACAGUGGAACCUUCCAGGCCAUCCGGCUCAACGACCCCAAGAUUGAUUCAUUGGCUGCUUUCAAGGAUGCAGUAAAGCGUUUGGAGUGGAUCGCAGGAGGUACGUUCACGCCGUCUGCUCUGAAGUACGCCUACGACAACCUGAUCAGGGACAGCCGCAGAGCGAAAGCCAACGUCACUGUCGUCGUCAUCACCGACGGACGCUUUGACCCCAGAGAUGACGACAAUCUGCUCACCUACCUCUGCAGAGAUCCCAACGUUGACGUGAGCGCCAUUGGUAUCGGAGACAUGUUUGAGCAGAUCGAGGAGAAUGAGAGUCUGAAGAGCAUCGCCUGCCAGAGGGAUGGUAAAGUAAUGGGAAUGAGACGCUUUGCAGACCUAGUGGCAGAGGAGUUCAUUGACAAGAUCGAGACCGUGCUCUGCCCAGAUCCUUUCAUCGUGUGCCCUGAUCUGCCUUGUAAAUCAGAGCCUGCUGUGGCUGCUUGUGUUCAGCGGCCAGUGGAUAUGGUGUUCCUCCUGGAUGGUUCUGAGAGGAUGGGGCUGGAGAACCACCGCAGGGCCAAAGAGUUCAUUGAGAAUGUGGCUCGCCGUCUCGUCCUGGCUACCGGCGAAAAUGACGAUAGGAAUUCCCGCCUGGCUUUGUUACAGUACGGCAGCCCCUCGGAGCAGAGGGAGGAGUUCGCACUGACGCAUAACCUCACAGUGAUCUCCGAUUCACUAGCAGGCGUCACCUACAUGGAUUCUUCCUCUGCUUUGGGCAGCGCUAUCAUCUAUGCUGUCAACAAUCUGGUGUUCAAGGGCAACAGUCGCUUGUCACGCCGCAACGCUGAGGUGGCCUUCGUGUUCAUCACUGAUGGCAUCACAGCCAGAGAGCAGCUGGAUGAAGGUGUGAGCGCCAUGAAGAGAGCGGAAGGCGUUCCCACGGUGAUCGCCAUGGGAAGCGACACUGAUGAGGAGGUGCUAAAGAAGGUGGCGCUCGGAGACACGUCAGCCAUCUUUAGGGGAGACGAUUACGCCAUGCUGAACAAGCCGGCCUUCUUUGAGCGCUUCAUCCGCUGGAUAUGCUAGAAAGGAACUGUAAAGCUAGAACGAGAAUUCAUGGGAGGAAAGAAGGACCAGCUCCUUCAGCGUACAUGUAAACACACCCUCACAGACCACACCUCUGUGGUCACUAUCAUUACUGGAUGGAAGGCACUGAGGGGGCUACAUAUCCUGUCAUUAUGGGAGAAAAUUAAUUUACCAAAAGCAAAAGCAGUCUAUGCAGGACCAACACACACACACACACACACACACACACACACACACACACACACACACACACACAAAGACAUGCAGUAUCAUUUGUAUCAGUUGUUCUUUUAAUCUCAAAUCUAUAUUUUCAGCCAAAGACCUCCCAAAGGAGAGGUACGUGAUUUCUGAAUGUGUACCACUUUAUCAGUAGGCUUUAUUUUGUAUUAAUUUUUGGUUUGCCGAAACACAUUUUUCCUCCCUCUCUCACAGACGUGUGCACACACACAGUCCUUUUUUCCAGGAAGUCAGUAUUUACUUAAAAGGUGCUAAAGUAGAAAAACAAGGACAAAGCCAUUUUAUUUGGUAUUGAAUGUGUUUUUUACUUCAUGUUAUGCUGUAAAUGUAGAUUGAUCAGGGCAUAAAAACAUGUAGACAUGUUUCAAACACAAAUUACACACACAAAUGCAUAUUCAGUAGAUAAUUGCACACUGAUUAACACGCAAGCCUAAAUGAACCAAAUCUGUAAACCUGACGUCCAAAUAAAGCCUGAUAUUAUGAUCCCAGCA